UUCAUCAUUUAGUCAUAUAUCUGUCUAUAAUACCGGAAAAAAAUGUGAAUAUAAACCCAGAAAAAUACAGAAAUGUUAAAAAUUCUGCAGAUGAUGAUAGCUUCAACUUCAUCAUCUUCUCUCUCCUUCGCAAAUCGUCUCAAUCUCCAGCGUCGCGGAUUUUCCAUCAUCUCGUUAUCAUCUUCAACAACCUUCCGAAAUACUCCAUCCAUUUUAUCAACUUCCAAAACUCACUCUGUCAAAUCGUUCCGGAUGUCCUCAACUCGGAGCGACUCUAAUUCAAUUGCCCCCUCUACUUCUUCGGGAAAUUUUCGUAAAGUCAAUUUUUGUCAGUGGUGUGGAGGCCCAACAAAGCAUGAAAUACCUGAUGGCGAUGAGAAGAUGAGAGCAAUCUGCACCCAAUGUGGAAAAGUUGCCUAUCAGAAUCCUAAAAUGGUUGUCGGGUGCCUCAUCGAGCAUGAGGAAAAGAUCCUACUUUGCAAGCGAAACAUUCAACCUUCUUAUGGUCUGUGGACUCUUCCUGCUGGUUUCAUGGAAAUGGGUGAAUCUGCUGCAGAAGGUGCUAUAAGGGAGACCCAAGAAGAAGCGGGUGCUGACGUUGAGGUUUUGUCACCAUUUGCUCAAUUAGACAUUCCACUUAUUGGUCAAACAUACAUGAUAUUUCUGGCCAAGCUGAAGAAACCACAUUUCUCACCUGGUCCUGAAUCUAUUGAGUGCCGACUUUUUGCACUUGAUGAAAUACCUUUUGAUUCUCUGGCAUUUUCAUCAAUGCUUGUUACUUUGAAACUGUACAUAGAAGAUAUGAGAGCUGGCAAACCCAAGUUCCAUUAUGGUACCAUCAGUAAAAGACCUGGAACUAGCCCUUCUGAUAUACAUGCCUCCACUCUUGAUUAUCAUCUACAGUCGUGACAUUAAGGUACACUGCAGGGUAGUGAUACCUCAGACUACGUCAAGCUCAAAGCAGCUCAACUCUGCAUUCAACUGGACACAUGUGUUGGCCAUUUGCAGCCCUUCAGUCCUUUCUUGUCAUGGAAAUCUCUUUUCUUCAUAGGGCAGUCUGCAAUAAGAUUAUAUUCCAGCUGGUUUGAGGCACAAUGAUGUUGAUUGCCUAGCAGAAAAAAUCGAUGUACUAUACGCUGCAGCUUCCCAUAAAUUCUUUGGGAGAGAUUACCAGUCAGUAAUUCUGGAAUUCUUAUCGAUUAAUGGCUAGGGUGUGAUUCCUGAAAACCGCUCCUUAAAUGUAGACUUCUCAGAGUUGUUUCAACUGUUUGUGAUUCUGGUUGAUUAAUGGAGUUUGUUUAGGUGUGUGUGUCGGGGAUGCUAAUUCAUUCUUAAAGUGGAUUCCUCAAUACCACAAUCUUGUACAUGUAAUAUACUUUUUGUCAUCCAUUAAUCAAUGGAUUAUAAUAUUUUGGUGGUUGGAAAUUCUUAUUUUGAUGUAAACGUAUACACGAAACGUCAUUUUGGCAUAAAAUGGCACCAAAUUCAGCAUUGAAUUAUUAGUGCAACUUCAAUGACAA